AUGGCGUACGACAACGUGACAAGACUAUUAGUGCUGAAGUCAGCGUUGCAGAAUGGUAAGACCCAUAUACAACUGGUGAACUUGAACCUGGUGAGAGAUGUGACCGUCGUCAGCGAGAGUUCCGGAUCGAAUUCGUCGUCGACCGUUCUUCCGCAACUGAACUUCGCGAAAAUUCAGAAGAGAGCUCGCGAAGAGUCCGACAAGAAACUGCGAAGCGUUUGCUCGAGUCGGUGCACUCGCGAAGGAAGAAGGCUAUUUCUCGCAAUCCGGAAGACGAUAGAGGAUGUUUCUUGGGACCGCGAAAACAUUGUCGUCUUGCACAAGGUUGAGGUGCGACCGCCGUACAAUGUGGACCACGUGGAAGUACUUAGCGGUGUCGAUAUGGUAAAUGCACAGUCUGCAUUGGAGCAUGUUAGAAAGAUUCUCGAAAAAUAUAAAAGGGACCAGAGCAACGUCGACCUCGAAAAGGACAUGGAUUCUAUCCCCUCCAUGGCUUCCGUAGCCAUCUCUGCCCCUCCCCUCCAGACGCAGUCCAGUACCUCCUGA